ACAUGGCAUUGUUUUCAGGCAAAUAUUUUUGCUUAGUCGUUGCUCUCUUUGCAAUCUCAUUGAAGCCAUGUUCUUGCGGGAAUAAAACCCAUUGGAACGCCGCCGGAAUCACGUGGUAUGGCGACCGAGAGGGUCCUGGCAGCACAGGAGGAGCUUGUGGAUACGGCGAUGCAGUUGCAAAGCAUCCGUACAACUGUAUGAUUUCAGCUGGAGGACCGUCAUUGUACAAAGACGGAACGGGUUGUGGGGCAUGUUAUAGGAUCGUAUGCAACCAUCCGUUGUGCACGAAAAAGCCGAUCAAGGUGAUGAUAUCGGAUGAGUGUCCCGGCUGCACUAAGAAGGGUGUCCAUUUUGAUCUUAGUGGUAAGGCCUUUGGUAAAUUGGCCAAACAUGGCAAGGCCGAUGAAUUACGUAACCUUGGAGAACUCGAUGUUAAGUACAAACGUGCAUGUUGCAAACACCCUAAGAGUAAAAUAGCUAUUCAUGUCGACGCCGGAGCAAAUCCAUACUACAUGUCGUUCGCCGUUAAAUUUGCAAACGGUGACGGAAACUUUGCCUGCGUGGAGGUCCAACCGGCCGGAGGACAAUACCAGAAGAUGGAGGAAAUGAGAUCCGCCGUUUGGAAACUUAACUGUGGCUCACCAUUGAAAGGUCCGUUCAACAUCCGGCUUACCUCCGCCGUGACCAAAAAAGUGCUCGUUGCUAAAGCCGUCAUCCCGGAAAAAUGGAAUCCCGGUGCUGUCUACCAUUCCCGCGUUAACUUCGCCGUUCCCAAGAAAGUUCACAGGAAACGCAAA